GUCAAGCUAAUGGAAAUUUUUGUGGCUUAAACCAGAAAAUGUUCACGAUGACAGUGGACUAGUGGAGAACAGAAUCAAAAUAGACUUCCUACGCAUCAGCUGGGAGCAUGCUGUCGAUUGGGAACUCUGGAACUUGAGGGUGAUGGAUUUAUGCUUGUAGGGAAAGGGGCAGGCUUGGUUCUUGGCUUACAAAGACGAAAUUAUGGGCGGCGGCGAUGCAAUCUUUCAACUGGUUUUGGUUGGCAUCUUUCUCAUGGAAGAGCCCUGUCGCGCCUAUAUGGCGAAGAUCGCGAACAAGGCCAGGGCAGGCGGGUCGCGGCUAGAUGGUAUGAGGUAGACCUAAAGCAAGAAAGUUUGGAAAAGUUGAUGAGAUCAGAACUGAGGAUGACGAAGUGGUGCUCAAUGAGGAGGACGCUGCAUACUGCAUGGAGCAUGCAUUUCUGGGGGCUCGUCCCCCAUCCCGAGCCGCCGCCAGCAGGCUCGGGACUGACUAUGUUUGGUAUUUUUGUCCUUGAAGACGGAGCAGUUUUUUUUCGUUAUGUUAGUUUUUAUGGUGUUGAGUACUCUGUUUACUUUCAGCUUUUUAUUUUUUUGCAUUGUAGGACUAUGAGCUUGGAUUUGGGUGACAGGG